AGUGUUUGCGGCGCUUCCGGUCGUGACGUGUCUGCUCCCGCAGAGUGUGCGGGACGCUGCGCGGAGCGUCACAUGCUGCGUGAUCCAGAGUGAAAGGAUCCCGUCCGAGUGUUCCGGGCCGUUCGGGCUGCUCUGAGGACCGGAUAUGAUCCUGUGGCUGCUCGGAGCCGGGCUGCUGGGCCGGGCCGCCGGGUUCUACCUGCCGGGACUGGCUCCGGUCAGCUUCUGCGAGGGGGACCAGAGCCAGGUCCCGGACUGCAAGUCCACCAUCGAGCUGUUCGUCAACAGGCUGGACUCGGUGGAGUCGGUCCUGCCGUACGAAUACACGGCGUUUGACUUCUGCUCAGAAAAAUCCAGGAAGCGUCCCUCUGAGAACCUGGGCCAGGUUCUGUUUGGAGAGAGGAUCGAGCCCUCGCCGUACAAGUUUGACUUUAAGAAGCCGGCGGUGUGCCAGCCGGUCUGCACCAAGACCUACGACACCAGCAACCCGGCGGACAAGGCCAAGCUGGAAUUCCUCAAGAAGGGGAUGCUGCUCAACUACCAGCACCACUGGAUCGUGGACAACAUGCCGGUCACCUGGUGCUACGACGUGGAGGAGCGGCAGAAGUUCUGCAACCCCGGAUUCCCCAUCGGCUGCUUCGUCACCGAGGGAGGGAGGCAGAAGGACGCCUGCGUGGUCAACUCUAACUUCAACGAGAAGGAUGCCUUCUACAUCUUCAACCACGUGGACAUCACCAUCCACUACCACGUGGUGGAGCACGAGCAGCUGGGCGCUCGGCUGGUCGCCGCCAAGAUCGAACCCAAAAGCUAUGAAAACUCCAACAGCGACGGUCCGGACUGCUCCGGAGGACCCAAGUUUCUGAGCAACAAGCACACAGGAGCGUUCAAGAUCCCGUACACCUACUCCGUCAGCUUCGUGGAAGACAAGACCAUCCGCUGGGCGUCUCGCUGGGACUACAUCCUGGAGUCCAUGCCUCACACCAACAUCCAGUGGUUCAGCAUCAUGAACUCCCUGGUCAUCGUCCUCUUCCUGUCCGGCAUGGUGGCCAUGAUCCUGCUGAGGACGCUGCACAAAGACAUCGCCAGGUACAACCAGAUGGACUCUGUGGAGGAUGCUCAGGAGGAGUUCGGCUGGAAGCUGGUCCACGGAGACGUGUUCCGGCCUCCUAAGAAGGGGAUGCUGCUGUCCGUGUUUCUGGGCUCCGGAACUCAGAUCUUCAUCAUGACCUUCGUCACACUGUUCUUCGCCUGCCUCGGGUUCCUCUCUCCGGCCAACCGCGGAGCUCUGAUGACCUGCGCUGUGGUUCUCUGGGUUCUUCUGGGAACUCCUGCUGGAUACGUGGCUGCUCGCCUCUACAAGUCGUUCGGAGGAGAGAAGUGGAAGACCAACGUCCUGCUGACGUCCUUCCUGUGUCCGGGGGUGGUCUUUGCAGAUUUCUUCGUGAUGAACCUGAUCCUGUGGGGGGAGGGCUCCUCGGCAGCCAUGCCUUUCGGGACCCUGGUGGCCAUCCUGGCUCUGUGGUUCUGCAUCUCGGUUCCUCUCACCUUCAUCGGAGCCUACUUCGGCUUCAAGAAGACGGGUAUUGAGCACCCAGUCAGGACCAAUCAGAUCCCUCGCCAGAUCCCGGAGCAGUCGUUCUACACCAAGCCGUUCCCCGGGAUCGUCAUGGGGGGAAUUCUGCCGUUCGGCUGUAUUUUCAUUCAGCUGUUCUUCAUCCUGAACUCCAUCUGGUCCCACCAGAUGUACUACAUGUUUGGCUUCCUCUUCCUGGUCUUCAUCAUCCUCGUCAUCACCUGCUCUGAAGCCACCAUCCUGCUGUGUUACUUCCACCUGUGUGCUGAGGACUACCACUGGCAGUGGCGCUCCUUCCUGACCAGCGGCUUCACCGCCGUCUACUUCCUGGUCUACGCCAUCCACUACUUCUUCUCCAAGCUGCAGAUCGCGGGGCUGGCCAGCACCAUCCUGUACUUCGGCUACACCAUGAUCAUGGCGCUCAUCUUCUUCCUGUUCACCGGUACCAUCGGCUUCUUCGCCUGCUUCUGGUUUGUCACUAAGAUCUACAGCGUGGUGAAGGUGGACUGAGGCGUCCGGCGCUCCACAGACUCUGGUUCCCCCCGUCCCCCCCGGACACACCACGCUCUUCUUUUCUUUGUGUGCCUAAAGUGUGUGUGAGCAUGUGGACGGCGCCGUGGACUCGAGGACCCCGUUACACUGAGAGGUUUACGUUAGCUCCGCCCCCUGCGCUGCCUGACAGCUGAGCGUCUGGUGGAGCUCACCUGGUUCUGUUACAGCGGCGCUCCUCCGGAGAACCGUCAGCUUCAGGCUGGUAUUUAUUAUUUCCCACAGUUCGACCAUGUUAACCUGAAUCACUAACCCUCCUGUUCGAGGAAACCGACUGAAUGUAAACUGUGUGACGCUUUUCUACAUUUCAACUUCCUGUUUCUCCUCAUGUUUCCUUUAAAUACACUACGUCUGAAACCACUGA